UCGAUAUUGGACUUUACAACAUUUUAUAUAUCGCAUUAGUAAUAAACGAAAUUAUUUUGCAUUUUUUGGAAUACAUAUAAGAGCAAUAAAUUCACUGAAAUCAAUAUGACGAUGCGACCCGAUGACCACCGCAGAAAAUGGGACAAGAACGAGUAUCAAAAGUUGGCUCAGGAGCGCCUGCUCAAUCAAACGGCGCCCAAGGAAGAAGAGCCUGUGCAGCGAGAGAAUCUCAAACGACGUGACUACAAGGUUGACCUCGAUAGCAAAUUGGGCAAAAGUGUUGUGAUCAACAAAAACACACCUACCUCACAAUCUGGCGGCUACUAUUGCAAUGUUUGCGAUUGUGUCGUCAAGGAUUCGAUCAAUUUUCUGGAUCACAUCAAUGGCAAGAAGCAUCAACGGAAUCUGGGCAUGUCCAUGAAAGUGGAGCGCAGCACCGUUGAUCAGGUCAAGGAGCGCUUUCAACAGAACAAAAAGAAAAUGGAGGAGAAGCAAAAAGACUACGAACUGGAUAAGAGAUUGCGCGAGGCCAAGGAGGAGGAGGAUCGCUACAAGGAGCACAGAAAAGAGAAGCGAAAAGAGCGCAAACGCAAAGCCGAGGAGAAUGGGAGCGGUGGCAAUGACUUCGCCAAUGGACUGCCUGAUGACAUGGCUGCCAUUAUGGGUUUCUCUGGCUUUGGCGGCUCGAAGAAGAACUCAUAGGCCUUACAUUGUUCGCUAGUUGUAAUCGUAAAAAAAUACAAAAUAGAAAUAGCAAUAGCAAAAAAUAGAACUGUUUUUUCUGCAACCAACGAACCCUUUUAUACUGGGGCUAAUCGCUGUGACUGUGAUUGGUUUGCGACAUUUAUUUUAUAAUCAUCAUCAUUGUAUAUGUUAAAUGUAUAUAAGACAAUUUACACCAUUUCGUUAAUUUUUUUUGUGUGUUAUUUUGUCGUAUUGCCCAAGGUUAUAAUUUAAAUAAGCAGUUCUCAAAAUGCAAAAAGGACUUACACAUCAUUGAAAUUCACUAAAAAUCUUAUAUAUCAUAAAAGCCCCCCUCCAUCCACACUCCGAUUAAGAAUACUACUAUCAAUUGUUUUUGUGACUGCCAACAAUAAAUGCGGGGAUGCCAACUUAAGUGAAUACAAAUCCAUGCUCGAUGGGUAUGUCCCAUGGAAUGUUGAAGAACUCCCCGGGCAAUUGUGUGCAAUGUGUCGAGUUGUAAUCACGUAAAUGCUUGCGCAAC